UUUCAUCCCAAGAUUUUAGGAUGCAACCCUCAUGAUACCCAUUCUUGAUCUUAUACACGGAUUUGCUUCAGCUUUUCUGGUGUAAAAGACUUCAAUUAACCCAUAAAUUGUACGAAAAGUUCAGAUGAUUUGCAACUGAAAGACUCAAGUGAGAUAUCCGAGCUCAAUGAUGGUGUUAAAACCUAAUUCUACAGUCUGCAGAAGCUUUCACUUUCCCGAUCUUUCGCUUUUUGGAUCUCAAUCAACAAGGUUUUAAGUUGUUGAUCCAUCUCUCCAACGAAUCUGUAUGGAUAUAUCUGUAUCUGUAUAUGUAGAAGUAGGAUAAUCAUAGGAAAAAGGAUACGAAAAUUUUGAUUUUGGGAAUUAGGUUUUGGGUAUACUCUCAGUAUGUUUAAGAUUAUUAAAGGGAAGAAGAAGGGUUUGAAACAAGAAGCCAUUGAACCGCCUCCAGGACCCAAUGCUUCAUCUGAUGUGACUGUAAACCAUGCUUCACGUUCGGCUAUUGUCAGUGACCAGCAGCCUAGUGUCAGGCCACAGGCUGUCGCUUUGUUAUCUUCUACACCACAACUUGGUGCGGUUGAGGUGUUACCUCUGUUGAAAGAUGUUCCCGUGGCCGACCGUCAUGUUCUGUUUCUUAAGAAGCUGCAGAUCUGUUCGUAUAUGUUCGAUUUCUCGGAUACAUUGAAGAAUGCUUCGGAGAAGGAGAUUAAAAGGCAGAACCUUUUAGAGCUUGUCGAUUUAGUGCAGUCGGGUUCAAGUAAGAUGAAUGAGAUCAUGCAAGGUGAGAUGAUUAAGAUGAUAUCUUUGAACAUAUUUCGGGGUUUGCCUCCUCAAGCGCAUGAGAACACAGGGGCUGAAAAUGUUGAUCCAGAAGAAGAUGAUAUGUACUUGGAUCCCUGUUGGCCACAUUUGCAACUUGUUUACGAAUUGCUUUUGAGAUAUGUGGUGUCGUCUGAUACCGAUACUAAAGUGGCCAAGAGAUACCUCAAUCAUUCAUUUGUACUAAACUUGCUUGAUUUGUUUGAUACAGAAGAUCCAAGAGAGCGUGAGUAUUUGAAGACUAUACUUCACCGUGUAUAUGGUAAAUUCAUGGUUCAUCGUCCCUUUAUAAGGAAAGCAAUAAACAAUAUCUUCUAUAGGUUUAUAUUUGAAACAGGGAGGCAUCCUGGUAUCAGUGAAUUGUUGGAGAUUCUUGGAAGUAUUAUAAAUGGUUUUGCGGUCCCGAUGAAGGAAGAACAUAAGUUGUUCCUCGCCCGGGCUCUUAUGCCACUUCACAAGCCAAAGUCUAUUAAUUUAUAUCAUCAACAGUUGUCCUACUGCAUAACCCAGUUUGUCGAAAAAGAUUACAAGUUGGCUGAUAUUGUUAUUAGAGGGUUAUUGAAGUACUGGCCUGUUACAAACUGUGGAAAGGAAAUCCUCUUUCUUGGAGAGCUAGAAGAAGUAUUAGACGCCACCCAACCUGCAGAGUUCCAGCGCUGCAUGGUUCCUCUCUUUCGAAGGGUUGGAUGCUGCAUCAAUAGCCCCCAUUUCCAGGUUGCAGAACGUGCGUUGUUUUUGUGGAACAAUGAACGUGUAGUGAGCUUGAUUGCACAGCAUCGAGACAUCAUUUUACCCAUCCUAUUUGACUCAUUAGAGAGGAAUAUUCAGGGUCACUGGAACCAAGCAAUCAAUGAAUUAACUGGUAACGUCAGAAGAAUGUUCAUUGAGAUGGAUCCUGAACUCUUUGAAGAAUGCCAGACACGUUAUAUGGACAAAGAAGCCAUGGUGAACGAAAAACUCAAGCAACGUGAGUUGGCUUGGGAAAAACUCGAGGCAAUCGCAUCACAAGCUGCAUAAUAUUUGAUAUGGUUAUCGAGAUGAAAACGCCUUCCUUUUUCUUUAAUUUUUUUGUUCGUUCUUAUGGAUUGGAUUUAGUCCCUUUACAUCGAUCAUCAAGUUUUUGGGUCAUUGGGAUAGCUCUAGACGGUGGAUUGCUGGCAAAGGGAUCUGACGAUCUGGAGUUGUUUCUUGUAUCUAGGUGAUCGAGAUGCCUCUGGACAGCAUGGAUUGAUUGAAAAAAACGGAUCUGCCCUUGCCCAUCUGGAGUUCUUUCUUCUUUCGGCCUUUUCCUCUUGCUUAAGGUAAUCUGUGUACCAUUUGUUGUUGUUAUGAUUACGAAUAUGAUAAUUGUUUAUUAUUAUUAUUAUUGAUUAGUAAUAUUUGGGACAGAUGAUAAGUAAAAGUUGUUUAUAUGCUAAACAUCAUAGGGAUGUUUGUCUGCAUAACAGUUGUUCAUGUGUCUGUUGUGCUCAAAUGAACUAUUUUG